AUGGCCGAACUUAGUGCAUAUCUUAUUUUUGUGGCUUUUUCAAUAGUACUUGGUUCUUUUCAAUGUGGAUAUCAUAUGGGCGAAAUGAACAUUCCACAAAGAAUUAUAUCUUGUGAACCAAUCCCUUCCGAUGACUCAUCAACUUCUAUUAAUGACUACACUUUACCAAGUUGCAUACCAAUGACACAAACACAAUAUUCUUUAGUUACUUCUAUAUUUAAUUUGGGAGGUUUAUUGGGAUCUCUUAUGGCUUCACGCAUUGCCGAUAAUAAAGGAAGAAGAUGGGCUUUAUUAGUAAACUGUGUAUUUUUCGCAGUUGGACCUACAGUAAUGGGUUUUGCAAAAAAUUAUGGUGAAUUGAUUUUUGGAAGAGUUUUAGUUGGUAUUGGAAGCGGCGUGACAAAUCAAUUGGGACUUGUACUUGGAAUACUAUUUUCACAAAUUCAAGGGCUCUACCUUUCUAGUGUUCCUGGUUGGCGUGUUAUAUUUUUAAGUGCAACAGCCAUUUCUAUCAUUCAAUUUGUAUUUCUUCAAUUUGCAGUAGAAUCUCCACGUUAUCUUUUGUCUAAACCUGCUGGUUAUAACUCUGCGAAAAAAACAUUACAAUUACUAAGAGGUGAUCUUGAUGUCAAUGAGGAGAUUCAAAGAUGGAAACAGGUAGACACUGAAGAAGAAACUGGUAAUUUGAUUCCUGUCAAUAAAGGAGAGGAAGAUGAAGAAAUAGAUGUAAUAGCAGAUGUUAACAAUCAUCAUACAAUCUCUUCACAACAAAAUGAUAACAGUGGUGAAAUAUCAGCUUCACUAAAUGAAAAUGCACCACAAGUAGUUUUUCAUGCUCAUAAUCCAAAUGAGAAUUUUAACAUUUAUAAAUUUAUAACCAGUGUGCAUUAUCGUCCAGCUUUAUAUGUGGUAUUGCUUUUACUAAUUACGCAACAAUUUUCUGGAAUUAAUGCAGUUAUUUUUUACUCAACUGAAAUACUUGCUAAAAUCUUUCCAACUUCAAGCAGAGCCAUCACUGUAUUUAUAAGUAUAGUUAAUACAAUAAUGACCUUGGUUUCAGCAGCAUUAAUAGAAAAAUCUGGUCGAAGAAAAUUAUUAUUAUAUUCAAUUUCAUCAAUGAGCUUGAGUAGUACGGUAUUGGCUUUAAGCAUAAAUCAUAAUUGGGGUUUUUUAGCUGCAUUUUCUAUUAUUGCAUUUGUAGCAUCUUUUGCUGUCGGUCUUGGACCUAUACCAUUUUUAAUUAUACCAGAAAUUGUUGAUACUACUGCAGCAGCAACAGCUUCAAGUCUUGGAUUAUCAUUGAAUUGGAUGGCAAAUUUUUUUGUUGGGUUUACCUUUUUGAUUGUUAGGGAAAUUUUAGGUGGCAGUGUUUUUUUCAUUUUCACAAUCUAUUUGUUGUUUGCUUUCUAUUUAACAAGAUUACUUGUGCCUGAAACUAAAGGAAAAACAGUCGAAGAAGUUUGGUUUGGUUGGAUUGAAAGAAUGUAA